AUGGCCAUGACCGCAAAAGUCGAGGUUGUUAUUCCACGACAGCCUCGUGAUGAAAUCAAUCGGAGGCAAGUCUCUGUAGAUGAGGCCUUAGAAUACACUCCGAUGACCACGUCGGUCCUCCCAUCGCAUGAUCGUAUCCCCAUCCCACAGGUAGGCCGCUCUACUCAUAUACGUCUUACUACCCCGGCCGAACGCCAGAGUGCGUACCAUAGUGAACACUAUAGUCAGCAAACAAGAGAACGUCUUGGUGAAUUGUUGGAUCCUCGCCGUCUCUCAGAAAUAAAGUUCAAACGCUCCUCCGUUCAAAAUGACACCGCCCUGAAGUCAAACUUGAACCCCGUGCAGAAGAUGGUUCUAAAGUUGGCCAAGAUCGACUACACCUAUCCUUCGUCAACCUCCACCCGAUCCAUGUUGAAGCAAGCGACUUCCAACAAGAGCAAACCCAAGUCAGCGCAACCCGCUGUCAUCGUUGAAAUCCCACAACCUCCUUCGUCCUUCCGGCGGAAUGAUUACGUCGCCAUGCCCGACUUCCCAAAGAGACGUAAACUGGCUGAAUCGGAACCCAAUGGCAUGCUUGCUUUGGACGUUGCUUCGAAAAGAGAGAAGGAUGAUCGACUGUUGACAAGUCUUGAAGACCGGCUGGUGGAGAUCUUCGAGGCUCAAGAUCGGCUGGCGCCAGACACCUCGACCGCGUCCACUGGGCUCAACAAUACCAUGUUCGAUAUGCCGGAUGAAGACGAUGAAGCCGAGCCGCGUCUGACGAUACAGACUCAAGAACAACUGCAAGGGGUACUAAGCAAGGUACUGCAUUCUGGUCGCCUAGCGGAGGCACCAAUCGAGUAUAUCCAGCGACUGCAGCGACUUUGUGAACCCGCUAUUGAAGCGGCACAGACUGUGAAUAUGAAAGUACCAUCCGACUUAGCUGCUGAAGACAUUACCACAUGGCUGGGCAAGGUUCACAAAGGAGAAAGUGGAGCCGCCGCCGCAUGCACCAUGAUAUAUACUGUCCUAGGCGCCUCACAGCACACUGAACUCAUCAAUCUCGAGGUGCUCCAAUGGUUGCCAAAUGUUCUCGUCAAUAUUUUCGAGAAUUGUCUCAUUCCUGUUAUCGAAGCUAGACCAGAAGGACCACAGAGCGGAAUGUUUGAGGUGGCGGCGGCACACAGCGACUCCUUGAAGAAACUCCUUGAUCUCGGCCGAAAGCUUCUGGACCUCGUUGCGACAGUCUGUGUUCAGGUCAAAGGAGCCGGCUCCACGGUGAAUUCGACCGAGUUUCUUGCCUCAAAACUGAUCUUCGUCCAAAAUGCCCAUACCGACAAAGGAUCCGCUUUGGGCGCUCAGACUUAUGAGCGAGUACGCAAACAAGCCAUGGCAGCGCUUGCAAAACUGUACGCCGCGUUUCCUGGCGAAAGGACUGCGAUCCUGGACGAGGUUUUAACUUCUCUGGAUAAACUCCCCUCCAACAGCAGAAGUGCACGGCAAUACAAGCUGGGAAGUGGCAAGAGUAUUCAACUUGUGUCCGCUCUGUUCAUGCAACUGGUGCAAACGCCAGCCUUGCAAACACGGAACGAUAGAGCCAGGAAAAGGCGACAUGCACGUCAGAACCAAUCAGAAGAACCCCAGCCUUCAGAUGACGAAGAUGCAGCAGGGGAUCAGGAAGGGGACUCGACCACAUUCGCAGAUCAAGAUGAUCACAGUCCCCUGGACAAGUUGGCUAAUACGGCGGAUGGCCUAUUCGACGAUGCUUUCAAGAGCGCGCAGCAAAUUGUCGGGUGGAUGGUCGACAAAGCCUCAAGGGUCACCAAGACCGGCGACUCCCCUUAUCGCAAUAUUCUCGACUUAUUUGUCGAGGACUUGACCGUGGUACUGCCCUCAACCGACUGGCCAGCCUCGGAAUUGCUCCUUACAGUCCUGACUCUCCGCAUGAUUGCGCUCGCGAAGAACGACAAGGCAGCUUCUACCAAGAACAUGGCACUGGAAUCAUUGGGGGUUAUGGGCUCAGCAAUCUCUGAGAUAAGAGCAACCGCGAGGAAUCUACUCUCCUCCAUCCUGCGGGAUGGAGAAUCAGCAUCUUCCCAGAUUGGUCAAGACCUGUCGAACCUGGUCAAGGAUCGGGCUCACUUCUUCCUUCGAAAUGACGAGCUUAUCGCACCGGGAGGUCCUUUCUCGGUUGUCCAUGCACACAUGAUGUCCAAGACUGGGCAGAGUCUCCGGACGAAGUCCGCGAAAGCGUACUUCCUUGUGCAGUAUGCUACUUUGAUCGGUCGGACACUGCGCGGAACGCAGACUGGGGAUCAGGACAAUGCUCUCGAAGAUCUUCUUUCGCCGACCAUCUCGACCAUCCUUGAUCAGCUGGCUGAUCCAGAUUCAGCACAAUCAGCAGUGGAUCAGCCGGCAUUCACGCAACACGGAGCGCAAUUAGCGUACUUGCUGAGCGUCCUCAAUAUGCGAUUCUGCCGACGAUUCCAGGAUAUCGCCAAAACCCUUGCCUCUUCUCUUUCCAGCGAACAAGCACAGGUCCGAAGCCGCAGCUUGAAGAGCGUGGUUACCAUCUUGGAGACCGAUUCGAGUCUUCUUGAUUGGGAUCCUACAAUAGCAGACGACGUAUUUAGAUGUGCCUCAGAUGAUUCUUCCCUGGUUCGGGACUCGGCACUCUCUUUGAUCGCCAAGUUCAUCAUGCCACGACCUGGACUUGAGGAAAAGGCGUUUAAGCGACUCUUGAAAUGCGCUGGGGAUGCCAAUGCAGGGGUCCAAAAGCGAGCCAUGGGUCAUUUGAAGGACAUCUAUCUGAAAGAGUCCAGGCAGAACAUGAAAGCCACCAUUGCGAUCGAAUUCCUUCGGAGAACGGCAGACCAGGAGGACACGGUUGCCCAACUGGCAAGGAAAACCCUGGCCGACAUCUGGAUAGCUCCCAAUCUGACAUUGUUGGCAAACGCAAACGAGUCAGCGCACGCCGAGGUUGCUGUCGAAGACUUCAAAACACACAUCGUCGCCUGCGUCAACAGUGACACCGCCGCAUUAGCUCCUCUGCUCAAAGAUUUUCUGGUUUGGAAGCUCAAAGAUUCAAAACAAGUCAUUCAAGUGCAAGAGCUCUACGCGCGGGUCGUCAAGAAGCUGUUGGACACUGCCAAUGGAUCCGAAGCAGGGCCGGCGGACUUGACGACUCUAGUGGCAUUCGCAGAAGCUUGGCCGCAGACUGUGGUACCGUCGGAUCUGACGAGCCUGAAAAGCUACUUGAAGGAUUUGUCCAAAUCCGACAAUAUUCUGAAGUUCAAGUCAGUGGUGGCAAUAUUCCGCUCUGUGCUUCCACAUGUGUCGAGGACCCAGGAACCGUUGCUACAAGAAGUCCAACUGGAUCUGAUGAAAGCGGCCAAAAACCUGGCUCGGCGGCAAGAAUUGGAGGAGGUGAUGUCGUGCUUAAGGAGCAUCGAUGGCGUCCUGCACAAUACUGGAAGAGUCGUCGCAUUCGCAAAGUCGAUCAUGCAGAAUGUGAUACAGCCCAAGAUAGCACCGCAGCUCAGGGAGAAGCUGGUAAAGGCAAACCAAAUGAAGGAAAUCCAAGUCCGGGAAAACAAAGUGAGGGAACAAUCCCUACGACUCGCCGGCACUGUGGCGAAACAUAUCGACCUGGAGAGUUACCGAAAGAAUUUCCAAGCCGAAUUUCCCACCUUCAAAACUGGUUCGGUUGCAGGAUUCAUGGCUGACAGCAUCAUUCCUUUCACGUUCAAAGGGUCUAGCGCCGAGCUACGCUUGAAGGCUUUAGAAAGUCUGGGCUUGAUCUGUCAGGCAUGGCCAGGUCAAUUCAACAAACAGCAUGUUCGGGAGACAUUUUUCCAAGUCUUGGAUGGGACUUCCUUUACCGCGCUUGACGAAAACACUAUCUUGAGAAUGCAGCUCGUGGUGCUUGGGAUCUUCGAGGAGCUGUAUGCAAAGCGUGUCACCAGCAAAAGCGAGACCAAUCAGAAUGAGGGACAGGUAGAGGUCCAGGCGCUGAAGAACAUUGGAGGAGACAGCAAGGCGCGAGAGGACGACAGUGCCAUUUCGACCAUCACCAACCCUCUGGUAGAUCGCUUGCUCCGGAUUGUCACGUCGGAAACGGGAGAGAAGGCGUUACUCGCAGCCCAGACCCUUGCCAGCAUCGACCGGCAGGGCAUGACCCAUCCGAAGCAGAGUACAGCAGCGUUUGUGGCAUUGGAGACAAACCCGGAUCUUCGGAUCUCGAGCGUUGCCAGAGUCGCGCAUGAGCAUCUUCACCAGCAGCACGAAUCGGUGUGCGAAAGAGAGUAUAUCCACGCAGUGUUUGAGGCGUUCCGCUACCAGAAUGAGGUAUUUAAGGAUUCUCGGGGCGCGACUAUGCCGGGAUUCAAAGCGAAGCUGUCUGCCGCGUUUUCCAUCAUCAGCACGAGCGGAUCCAAGUAUGUCAAGAAAUUCCUCAGCAACCUCAUCUCGAAACUCAACACGGAAUUCUCGAAAUUGACCAUGAGCGGCGAAGACGUUCCAGAGCACGUUCUUUUUGUGCUGUUUGUCACGCAGAAUCUGGCGUUUUUCGACUACAAGAAGAUGGACGAACUGCUCCAUGCCGUCUUGCAAUUGGAACUGGCAUUCGGCAAGAAUGGUGGUGAAACAGCGCAGGCGAUUGAGACUCACAUUCCCGCGGUUGUUGCCGACCCAGGCGACAAUGGCGAGGUGGUCGGGACAGUGCAAGAUGGCCAGGCAAGUGCAGCGUCGGCAGUUGAUCCAGGGCUUCUGCGUAGAUUGGCCGCGGCAGCUUGUGCCAUCACGCUGGUCUCGGAGGCAAGAAACUACUUGAAGCGGCAAUACGGACUAUCGCGAGACGUCAAAAUGGCGAUGCAACAAAAUAAACAAACCAAGGAGUCGGCCAAGGAACCGGUGAAGGUGCAUGGGAUUACAGGGGACAAGUUCUGGAACAGUUCCAAUUCAGUUCUUGCAUCUCUCACCAGCACAGAAGCCAUGAUCGCACGUUGUCGCGAGUUUGUCACGCUGGUGGCUGUGGACGAUGAGGUGAAGGUUGCCGAGGAGGAAGCAGAAGCAUUCGCGGUGAACAGCAUGGCCGCCGAACCGAGCAUGAAUGGAGCGCGAGGGACAAAACGAAAGAGUAUCAACGGUUCUCUGGGAGGAACACCCAAGAAACCCCGUGGUCGUCCAAAGAAGAACGCCAGCAGACGUUCGUCAAGCAUUUCAUCUCUCGACAAUCCGGACGGGGACUUUACAGGCUGA